AUAGAUUGUGGUUUGGACGCGCCCCUGUAGUUCAUGUGGCGCGCGCAUGGAAACGACAAAUUAACGUGUAGCACUGUGGCCAUUAAACUAAAAAGUAGUUUCUUUCCAAAAAAAAAAACUGCAUGCUUUUAUCUGUCUAAACAGUAUUGUGCAAAACUAAACCGACAGUAUUUAUUUUUAUACAGAGAAUAACAGGUCAGUUGCUAUUUGAGGCUAGCCGCUAUUUAGCAUCUUCUUGUUUAGCCCCUUAGCCAAGCUAGCUAGCUCUGGGAAGUAAACACCGGGACAGGUGAGGUGUUUUAUACUCAGGUUGGGAAAAUAUGGUUUUGUUAAAAAGUUUGCCUCCUCCUGCUGAGGGAGUUCGGCAUCAGCAGGCAGAGACUACAGCGGUUUUAGACGGUAAAGGAAUCGGCACUGGGACGCUGUAUGUGGCCGAGUCGUGCCUGUCAUGGUUCAAUGGCUCAGGAAUGGGUUUCUCGCUGGAGUAUCCCUCCAUCAGUCUGCACGCCAUCUCUCGAGACCUGAGUGCUUAUCCACAGGAGCAUCUGUACGUGAUGGUUAACAAAAAACUGAACGCAGAUGAAAAUGAGGCUGAGAUGCGGGAGAAAACUCCGGAUGAUGAAGGCGAAGAGGACAGCGACGAUGACGACGACGAAGGCGGGGAUGAAGAUGAGGUCAUCACAGAAAUCCGAUUUGUGCCCACUGAUAAAGCAGCUUUGGAGUCCAUGUUUUCCGCCAUGUGUGACUGCCAGGCCUUGCACCCUGACCCUGAGGACGCAGACUCUGACAAUGAGGAGUUUGAAGGGGAGGAGUAUGAAGAGGAAGAGGAGGAGACUGGCCAGGUUGACGUACCCACCUUCUACACAUAUGAGGAAGGUUUGUCACACCUGACCGCAGAGGGCCAGGCCACGCUGCAGAGACUGGAAGGGAUGCUCGCUCAGUCAGUCACGCAACAGUUUCACAUGGCUGGAGUUCGCACAGAUGAGCCGUCAGCUGAGUUUGAAGAUGGAAUGGAAGUCGACCCAAAUUCCGCAGUAGCUGGACAGUUUGAUGAUGCUGAUGUUGAUCACUGAUGCAGUACACUUCACAGCUGCUAACCGAAGCACUUAAGGGCCUCUGAGUGACCGGGACGCGUUCAGCAAGCCGUCUUCUCCAGUCUGCGCCUUAUGUUAAGUGGAGCUGCUGGAUUUCAACACAGGUUUCCCCCAAUGCCAGCUCUGUUUCUGUGUUACGUUUUGUAUUCGUCUUUCAGACCAAAAUAAAGUGCUCUCUGAAAACUGUCAUUUGUAUUAAAUGUCAUGAAAAUAAAAUGUUCUUUUUUUUUUUUUGUAUAAAGCUCUUGUAAAAGAU